AUGUCCAGAAUACUGAGGCCUUCCCGGUACCAGUCUUUGGCUCGUCCGAAGCGUCAAUAUUCUGCUCGUCCAUUUUACUGGACUCUCCUUGUAUUAGCAGUCCUUACAAUUCUCAAGUGGGUUGACCACUGGGGAGAUGGUCGGUAUGCACAGCUCACGCCAGACAAUCCACAAUUGAUGGAAUCCAAUCUCCAUCAGAUUAUUGGGCGUAGCAAUGAUGUUGAGUGCCGUUUGGUCCGUAAUGCGAAGGACCAAUGCUCCUUCGUACAGCUAAAUUGUCCAGAUAAUGAGGAUGGUCUUUUUUCAUACCUUCAAUUCUAUUAUUGCGCUUUAGCAGAUGCGAAACCACUUGCGUUCGUUAUGAUUAUCUUAUGGUUAUCUCUGCUCUUCAGCACUAUUGGGAUCGCUGCGAGCGACUUCCUAUGCAUUAACUUGAGCACCUUGGCCAGCGUUCUCGGACUGAGCGAAAGCUUGACUGGUGUCACCUUCCUUGCAUUUGGGAAUGGCAGCCCAGAUGUUUUCUCUACGUUUGCCGCCAUGAAGUCCAACAGCGGUAGUUUGGCCAUAGGUGAGCUGCUUGGAGCUGCUGGCUUUAUCACAUCCGUUGUUGCCGGCUCGAUGGCGUUGGUUCGCCCAUUCAAGGUCGCUCGGAGAAGCUUUGUCCGCGAUGUUGGGUUCUUUAUUGUGGCGGUGAGUUGCAGCAUGUUGCUUCUGGCAGAUGGUCGCCUGCGUAUCUGGAAGUCCGCCACAAUGGUCGGGCUGUAUUGCUUCUAUGUGGCUCUAGUUGUUACCUGGCAUUGGUAUAUCGUACGGCAACGACGAGUGUAUGAGAGGAAUUUGGCGGCACGGUCGCAUUUCCAUAUCCCGGAAAACCAAGAAUUGGAGAUCGAGGAGGUGGAAGAGGAUGACCCAGGUGUGGCGUCUGAGUCAACCAGUCUUCUUCGCGGGGUGUCGGCCGAUUUCGAUUCCCUGGAGAGGUCCGGGAAUGCUCCUUGGCGGGACGGGGAUGAGGAUGAUGAAACCCGUAACCGCUACCUGGCUGAAAUACGGGACAACAUGCACGUAUACCGUCCGUCUGCGCGUAGACGCAACACGUUGAAUCCAAUCAGACCAAGUCUCGUUGGCGCGCUGGAGUUCCAGUCGGUGCUAUCGUCGCUGCAGCGAUCGAGAAGUAUCCAUCAAAACAUUCCAAUUCCAAUCAACCUGGAAAGGCAUUCGGAUGGUCAGGAUCGUGGCGCCGCAGCAGCUUCAUCGUCAUCAGCACAGGCACAAGAUAACGUCUCAGUUGCUUCCCAUCCAUGGAUUAGCAGGCCCCCCGCGGCGGACCAUCUUUCACCUUACAGCGGAGCUGCUUCUGGCCGUGCUCGGGCUGUGUCCGCCAACAAUGCAGCUGGGCUAAAGUUGGAUACCAGCAUGCUUGUCUCUACCGUAGCACAGCCCCGUGUUACUAUCAGACGACCCUCGGAUAGUUCGGACUCCAAUACACCAGGUGUUCAUAAAGCCCAUCAGCGCGCAGAGCUCAAGUUGUCACCACAACCAUCCAACCAUUCAUCGCCGCAUCUGAGUCCAGAGGCAGAUACCCAACCCCGUACUCCUACGUUACUUGCACCACCGGAUACUUUCCAUUCCCCUAAUUACCAGAUUGAAAUGUCUCAUUCACGAUCACCACUUCCCGUGUCCCCGCAUGGGACAUCAUACGCUUUGAAUGAUGUUGCGGUCGGCAGUCCUAAUAGUCCAUUUCCUACCUUUGAUGCGUAUAGCUCGGCGUCUUCUGGACCCCCCAGCAUACGUUUGCCCGCUCCUUCUAGCCCUACGGAGCUGUUGCAAAUCCAUGAUAGCGUCUUUGACGGGGAAGCCCCUCUUUCUAGUACUCAAACAAAACGCAGGUCUUGUUUCUCGUUCUUGCCUCUCCGGUCCAUUUUCCCAACCCUGUUUCCCACUCUAGAUGGGUGGAAUUCGAAGUCACUUUGGGAGCGACUCUUGGGAGUUGCCGCAGCUCCUAGCGUAUUGUUACUGACUAUAACUAUACCUGUUGUUGAACCAACACAUCCCCAGGCUGUGGAAGACCCCGUUACCGUUGUUGUAACUUCGGCGGACAGCGAAGAUUCGGUAACGCCUCCUGUGAUACUGCCAGGCGAUAGUCCACUUAUUCGUGCAAUUGAUCGUGGCCCCGUGGCAGAUGAGACAACCAACCAGAGCCCCAAAAAGCAAUCUACACAUGGACGGCGCCGCUGGGACUCUGAACUGCCUGCUAUUCCGCGGCCUUCGGAUCCAUCCCCAGCUCCUACAAAAGAGUGGUGUUCAUGGCUCGUACGGGUACAGCUCUUCACGGGCCCAUUUUUUGUUAUCUUGAUCUCCUGGACGGCUAUGGAUCCCGAGCUCAACCAUCGCAAUCUCCUGCUGUUGUCUUUGUGCGCACUCCUAUUUUCCCUCGUGUGCUUUACCUGUCUCCUUGUGGUUACGCGACACAGAAAACAAUUGCAGCAUCCGAGUUUGUGGCGCCCUUUCUUGGCCUUAUUAGGCUUUGUUGUUGCGAUAUUUUGGGUUGCCACGAUAGCUACGGAGGUUGUCAGCCUGCUGAAGACAGUGGGUGUAAUUUUGAACAUCAGCGAUUCCCUUCUUGGAUUGACUGUAUUUGCUGUCGGGAAUUCGCUGGGCGAUCUAGUUGCAAACAUUACUGUGGCACGUCUGGGUUAUCCUGUCAUGGCCCUGAGUGCCUGCUUCGGUGGACCGAUGCUAAACAUCCUCCUAGGGAUCGGACUGGGUGGUUUAUACAUGACUAUAAAUGCAGACCCCAAAUCAAGCAUUGGGACUGGGGGUUCCUACGAGAUCGCCAUCUCAAAUGUCCUCGCAAUUAGUGCCGCAACGCUCCUGGUUACUCUCGUUGGGCUAUUAAUCGUCAUCCCACUGAAUAAGUGGAGGAUGGAUCAAAAAAUCGGCUGGGGUCUAGUGGCUUUAUGGUGUUUUACCACCUUGGCCAAUGUGAUUGCCGAGGUUAUCACUUGA